AUGCCUGCGAACAGGAAAAAGGACAGGUCGGGAGUGAACUACCCGAAACGCCGCAAGAGGAAGCAUUCUGGCCAAUACAGUAGUACGAAAAAGCGUCGUGCAGCCAGUCCCGAGAGAAACGAACACGUACUUAUAGAUAGCCAGGUGUACGUACAGGAUGAUGAACCAGCAACCAAAGAGACAUCUCAGGUUGUGUCUGAAGACCAAACUGAGCAUGCGGAUGAAGAGGAGAUACAAGUGGUGCCACCAGUGCCAAGUCCUGUCAAGACAGUUGGCGAAUCGACGCAGAAUGUGCCUACAGACGAUCCAUCAUGCGCAGCCCGGAUAACGACUUGCAGUGAUGAGAAGAAUGAGUCAUUGGAGAAACGACUGGCUGCACUGGAGAAGAAAUGUGAGAUGCACGAGCUCCGAAUUCAGCAGCAGCAACUGGAAAUCCGGGGUCUGCGAAUUUCGCAAGUAAAACAGAAGAGUAAAAGACAGCAAACACCAACGUCAACAGGGGAGCCAUGCAUAAUUUCUGCCAAGACACAAGGCAGUAACGCCCAUUGCCCGCGUUUCAUGGCACAGAUGCGGUUUCUCAAGAUUGCAUGCAUAUUGUCAAACCAGAAGGCAGCAUUGGCAAUACAUCUAAGCCACCAUGUACUAACUGGCCAAGCUCCCUGUAGCCAUCUCGGCACAACAUGUUCCCCAUCGUCACUGGCCAAAUGGAACUUGCUUCUAGGAGAGGUUGACAAGGCUAUCCUCCGCGACACCCUCUCCUCAACGCCAUACGACAUAGCUGUGUUCGCCGAUGACUCGAACAAAAAAGGAGAAGACAGGCACAUGGUGGGGGUACACACCUGGUCAGCAAAACGAAAUUGCCCCGCAGGCUAUCUAUUAGCGGACACACUCGUUGCAAGUGGACGAGGAGCAGACCAGGCAAAGGCAGACCAUCACAUCCUGAAGAAUGUUUAUGGAAUCAGAACAGUGUGUGGAGUGGUGGGAGACAAUGCAUCUACCCAGUCCGGAGACAAGAAGGGGCAUGCCGUCGCACUGGGUGGCCUAUUCAAGAAUAAAACCCAUUUCAUAGGCUGCUACCCGCACGUGUUGAACAUUGCGUUGAAAACGGCAAUGGUCGACGGAUUCGGCCAUCGAGGACCAAUGGCAAGUUUCAACAUGUGCCAAAUGCAGUACAAAAUCGCGUAUCUGCAUCACCAGAAGCCUACGUACUACAAAUCGUUAUACGUUUCACUCAAGAUCCUCGCAAAGCCACCUCCCUUGCCCCAAGAGUUCAUCGACACCCGCUGGUCAUAUAUACAUGAAAAUUUGAAAUGGUUUCAAAAGUACGGCACGGCAUGCAUCCAGCUGGGAAAAUGUAUGCUCGAGUAUCUUCCCAAGAAGGAAACGCACUACGUCAUUUGGGAAGAAGUGGUGAGAAUGUCAGCCAAUCCCAUCAUCGCUACAGAACGUGUUACAUUACUGGAGAUACUGGACAGGCUGAUUAUGCCAUCUCUUCGGGCCAGCCAGCUCCCCGACACAGAACUCGGCUUUUCAAGCGGCUACUUAGCGCGGAAAUGGCCAGUUCAGGUAUUACGGGACAUACAGUUAGCUAUCCUAAUGGAUGUAGAGCCAGAUUUCGCAAUGCCACUGACAGCUCGUGCUAUGAGCUCUAAUCUAACAGCAGAAAGAGCAGAGCACUACCAGAACAAUGUCGUCAAGCCACUUACCAGUGCCAUUGUAACUGUCUUGCAGAAGCAUGGCGUGCGUUGGUUCAAGUUUCCGUUGGCAUUCGGCAUGGGGGCGGACUCCAAGUGCCGUCAUCAUUUCUGGCGAGCGUAUGGACGCGUGACAGGCUCCAGCGCAGCAUUCCCCUGUCCGGCGGAGUUUCCCUCAAUCCUGGCGUCCCCGUUGAAGGAGCAGCUCUGGGCCGAGCUGAUCAGUGCAGCCACCACCAUCAAGUGUCCGUUCACACUUGCCAAAAUAUGUUACCAGAACGGGUUGCUUCAGCGCCAACAACAUCUCUUGCUGCAUCCGAGCACGCACUGGUUUCAUGAGCUGGAAAUCUUGGCAAUCGUGGCUGCAGAUAGACCGGGCCUCCAGCAAUGGGCAGAAAGGUGGCCAAUACCAGAUGAAAUGCUGGCAGAGGUUGAGCUGAUAGCGCAACGCACUAGCCCCUCAGUGCCCAACGAGAACAAGGAGCCACAUGCGUGGAAGUGGUUCGCGACACAUGUGUUUGCUCUACCAGUGAACAACGUGAUGGCAGAGCGGCAGUUCAACCUGGCAGGAAUCCACCUCACGAACUCUGAUUCCGAGAUGACGAAACAGGCAACACACCUGUUCGUGGAAAACGUCAUCCACGGCAAUGACGCCACAGCCGGUUCAUCAGGCAAAAGGACAAGGAUGACAGGUGCUACAACACAACAGCUGGCCACAGCAAUGCAGGAUUACGCGUCCACCAUUACUCCAGAGCGGCUGAAGAAAGCCAAGAAGCAGCUGAAACUACUGAGGCAGGGCACAUCUCAGGCCAGGUCGUUGACUGCCUCAGAGACGUACCAGGACGUGCUGAAGCGCCACCGCGCGAGAGCUGAUCAUGACAAAACUCUUGCUCGGCUGGAAAGGGAGGGUAGGAGCCACGGUGUGCAGCACAAUCCAGGCACCCGUGCAUCCACCCAAGACAGGGCCAACACAAGGUCGUUCAGUCCAGUACGUGAGGCAGGUGCAGUCGAGCCAGGUACAUCGGGGUGAGAACGUCCAUGGCUACGAAAAAGUCCAGUGCAGCCAUUCCUUCAUCGAUUUGGACAAACUAUGGCUUAUUUUUUUUAUUGUGGACUUGUCUUCCUUUCUAUCGAGACGAUUCAUAGAUUUCUAUUUUUCUUCUCCCCCAAAAUUCUCUUCGAAGCGAAGAGAAAUCUUGAGAAACUACUCCGAAAUCGUAUCUUGCUCCGUGAUUUGGGUAUUGUUGGCCUUUCUCAAAACUUCUUUCGAUAGAAGUCUGCGGAAUAGGGGUAGGAUCCAGCAUGUCAAAUUUCAGGCUGAUCAGAAAAACAGUCGCUGCCCUGGAAUCAAAUACACAUUACAGUCGUUUUUUCAAAAAUUUAAAAAUUCACGUACCGUGAUUGGUCCGUACGGUGGGGUUUUCACGU